GAAAUUGCUUUUACAAUAGACAUGUAGCGAAGGUUUUAAUGUUAUUUCAUGCAAAAUUAACAGAGAAGCAUACGCGAUUCAUUCAGAUAUAUAGAAAGGAACGAGGAAGAAGGUAGCUUUUCAAUGGACUGCGAAAGGACAUAUGAAUUGUUUGUUUGGCUAGGAUGAGAGGAAGCAAAUCAGAAGGAAACGAAGACAGGACUCAUUGUUUGGAACUUUGUUUUUUCCAUUUCAGUUACUGGUUUCAGCGUCCUACUUUGAAAGUCAGGUUGAGUCAAAUGAAGUAUGAAUGCAUCUUUAUUAUAUGUGAAGUUCGAAACGUCUUUCAAGAAAAGAACUACGAAAUUAAAUAAAAGAAAAGCUCACAAAGAAAAACAUUUGACGAAAAAGCGGCGUAAACUUAGACUAUUUUGGUUUUUUUGGAUCACUCAUCUCAACUCCCCCCUCCCCAAUAUAAAAGCACUCGAAAUAUAGAAACGGUCAAGUCGCAUCUGGUUCGGUGUGAUUACAGGUCUGUAUUUGAUACUUUGCGUAGUUACAAGAAACCAUGGCUAGUUUUUUUGAGUGGAAACUUUGGUAUCGUAAUAAAUCCAAACGAAACCCACUGGUUUGGGUCGGCGCACCUUUCAUGGGAUCCAUUUUAUUGGUAUGGAUAUUUGCUAUUCCAAUUGCUCAAAUCAAAUUUACAAGAAGAGAUGAACAAGUAAAAACACUUACAAAAGAAGAGCAACUCGACCUCAACAAGAGGAGAAGAAAAGUCAAUGUAAAUGAAGAAUAUUAUAGGAUCAUGUUGGACAAGAUGCAACAGGAAAGUGGAGAUUAUGAGAACAAACGAGUUCCACGUCUUCCUGGUGAACCUACAUGGGAGCCAGAUUCUUCUUCUUCAUCAAAUGAUGUUGUGGAGAAUUAAAUUAUACUAAACAUUGACUUAUAAAGCUUUAAGUCUCUGACCGGGUUCUACCGUUUGCUUCACGACGUAUGUCAAGAUUCAGGGAUUGGUGCUGCAUUCUUCUUUGGUUUACUUUCUGUAUUUUUUUCUUUUUUUCUUUUGAAAGCUUUUGAAUGAAGCAUUAGAGUGUUCGUGGUGAACUGAUGACCUCUAUCUCGAUUCACUAGACGUAUGCAUGGAGAAUAGUAACUUUUGCAGAAAAAGAAAAUUUGGAUAUCUUUUUGGCAUUCGAUUUUCCAUGUACUUUUCUAUUUGCGAUACAUGUCUUGACAGCUUUUUAAACUUGAUUAAAUUAGUUCGUGUGGCACAUGUAUGUCCUGUUUUUGUUCAGUCGUUUAAAUUCUUGCUCGAUUUGGAAAAUGCCAUUGAAGAUGGCUUCAACUUGAUUUUUAAAAUGGCAGUGCUUUUCUCUUUUUCAUCCCAAUGCUAAAGGAUACGUUGGUGUUCACAUAGGAAACGACAACGAAAUGGUAACUGUUUUAGAGUGUUUAAUAUCAAUGAUUUUCUCAAUUAAUACGGGACCUGAAAUUCUUUUCAUUGGAUGAAAAGAAAAAAACAGUUAAAAGCAUCUGUCCCUUGAGUGUGGUUGUCCUUUAUCAAAAAUUUUUUAUUGUACAUUAAUGUCUCAAGUAUCUAUGAUCUUAGCUACGGAUGUAGCAUGAAUGAAUACCCUUUUAUUAACAAGUGUUCACUUCCAAUGGGAGUAACAUAAUGAUCACGAACAAAGAUAUCGUAAAGUGCCAGGAGUUAGAAAUUUAUGAAAAAUGGACCAGCGUCAUAUGAAUAUUAUGAAUACUAUCUUCUAUGGAAGUGCAUGGUUGGUAUACGUGUUGUAUUUUAUGUGAUAGCUUAUUUAGAAAUCGCAUCGAUGGAGAAGAAACUACGCUUUUUGAGAAACGAGAAUUUUUUUAAAGUUUAAAAAAUUGGUUUUGAAAUGGAUCAAAACACAUGCAUGAUAAAGCAAAGAUAACUUUACUAGAGGUCUUUCAAAGGACCACUACUGUCUAUGGCCGCACCUAGGCGAAAACACCAAAUCAGUUCCCGUCCGAUCACGGCAGCAAGUGAAAACGUUUGACGGCCUCUUAGUUUCGUACUAUGGUUGGAGACAACACGGGGAUUCGGGGUGCUGUAGGAUUUUCCUUUGUUCUUUUUGUUUUUUUAUACCUCUUAGUAUAACGUAUGCAUGCAUCGUGUUGCAUUUGGAUUUCCUUUUGAUCGCCAUGGUACUUUGAGUUAGGUGAUGUUUUGCAUAUGGAAAAAGCUAAAGCAAUAGACUCCAACCAAGAGUAUAGUCAUGGAAAAGCGGUGUUAUGAAUAAUAUGCAAAAAAAAACAAGCAUACCCCGAGCUAGAGGAAAAACAGAAGACCGGACCCAGCAUAACAAUGAUUUCCUUUCCAUCUACAUCAACUUCCACUGCGUUAAAGCCCCUAGAUGGACAAAUUUCUUUAAGGAUUUUUUAAUAAAGUUGUUUUUAAUUCCUAUUUCUUGUAUAUGUUAUUUAAAGUAUACAGUUUGUAUAUUUUUGAUGAAAGGUUUUUUGUUUACUUUUUGUAAUACGAACUUUGUUUGGAUUAUACCCAUUACUUAAAAACAUAGUGAACCCACAAUGUUAAAUAAUCGUAACGAGGAUGUGACCAGUCAGUGACAUAAUGUCG